AUGUAUUACUUUCGCCAUCUUGACGAACAGAGCAUUGACUGGACCAUCGAAACCAACGUGCUGAAUGGGCUCAUGCCCUGCCCGGCUGACAUGCUGGAGCUGCAUAAGAAGAAGGUCAAGGUGUUCUCAAGCGCCUUGAUGGAAAAAUCAGGUCGACUGUCCAACUGGGGAGAUCUUUUGCUCUGCAGGGUUGUCAGAAACCUGUCUUACUACUUGUCUGGUGUUCCUCUCGUAAUCUUGCCGGCAUGGAGAUGGAUGCCCGAGCUCAUCGCCAAUCAACAGUACCUUUUCAAGUCCUUGCGCCUGAGCUCAGCUUUUUCCUCCAGCCUUUCCCCACCAUUGACUUCCGUUUUCGAUGAGCAUGUCAGAGUCGACAUGAGCCAGCCAGGGACUCCCUAUCCUUUCUUCCAGAUCGCAGCUCCAUAUUUCGUGCGUCCCGCCGGUCACAUCCAAGAGUGGGCCAAACGGAUCAGCAGCUCCUGGCCGAAGGACAUGAAAGUAGUUGGGAUACACGUUCGUGCUGGGAUCGAGAGCGACAGCCAGCGAGAGGUGGAGCAUUUCUUCAGUCAUCGGGCCAGCCCUGCUGAACUGCACCCCACAUGGAUCCAUUGUGCGUAUUCCGCGAUGAACCAUGAGACCACGAUGUUCAGACGCGAUUCGGUGAAAGGAUUGACGGAGAAGGUGGUGUUGGAGUUCAGCUCAGGGACGGCCGUCAGCUUCCUCGCUAAGGAGGUGGAUAGGUAUACAUGUCAGUCAGUUCAGACUGCCAUGCUGGACAUGACUAUCCUCUCCUUCUCGGACCUGUUGGUUGUUUCCCACUACUCGACCUUCACAGCAUGGCCCGUGGCCUCCUCAAACGCCUCAGCUUUCUACGCGGUUUCCAGGGACGGAGACUGUUUCCCGCUGGAUUCGAAAGAACCGUUCUCCGAGUCAGGAGAGCUCUUUCGUGGCAACGCGGACUGUUACACAGACAAGUUUACCUACCAGAACUCCUGGUCAAGACCCCGACAAGUUCACUCUCGCUCAGCGACACCCUGA